UAAGCAAGUUGAUCUUACUGUCGUAAACUCCUGGUUGGAGUUAGAUAUUGUUGCUUCUUUUCCGGCUUUGAAGGCUUGUUUAGAAAGGCGUCAGUGUCGCUGCCUCUCUCCGUGACUGGCUCUUUUUGCAAACCAGUAAUUCGAGUUUGUAUUUUUUUUUUUUUAAAGUCUAUGCCGUACGGUGGCCGAGGAGGUUCCAGCUCGGCGGAAGUGUCCUGCGGGUGGGUGUGAACGUAAAGGCCCGGGCCAAAGGUGCACGUGGCGGCGGUAGGAAAGAUCAUGUCUUUUCGAGGCGGAGGUCGUGGUGGCUUUAACCGAGGUGGUGGUGGUGGCGGCGGCUUCAACCGUGGUGGCAGUAGCAACAACCACUUUCGAGGUGGAGGAGGCGGCAGCUUCAGAGGCGGCGGCAGAGGAGGAUUUGGACGAGGGGGUGGCCGCGGAGGCUUUAACAAAAGCCAAGAUCAAGGACCUCCGGAACGUGUAGUCUUAUUAGGCGAGUUCCUGCAUCCUUGUGAAGAUGACAUAGUUUGUAAAUGUACCACAGAUGAAAAUAAGGUGCCUUAUUUCAAUGCUCCUGUUUAUUUAGAAAACAAAGAACAAAUUGGAAAAGUGGAUGAAAUAUUUGGACAACUUAGAGAUUUUUAUUUUUCAGUUAAAUUGUCAGAAAACAUGAAGGCAGCUUCCUUUAAAAAACUACAGAAGUUUUAUAUAGACCCAUUUAAGUUGCUGCCACUGCAGAGGUUUUUACCUCGACCUCCUGGUGAGAAAGGACCUCCGCGAGGUGGUGGCCGGGGAGGCCGAGGAGGAGGAAGGGGAGGAGGUGGCGGCAGAGGCGGCGGUAGAGGUGGUGGAUUUAGAGGUGGAAGAGGAGGUGGUGGCUUCAGAGGAGGAAGAGGGGGUGGUGGUUUCCGAGGGAGAGGACAUUAGAUAUAGCAUCUGACAGACUUCAUCAGUUGACUUCUGCUUUAACUGCAUGAUCUGCUUCUGCUCUGGAUUGGAAACUGAUGUCUUGAGCAAGUCUUGGAAGAUGUAGUCAUUUUGUGACAGUGGAGUUGGUGUGUCAGUGUUAUGCAUAAAUGAGUGCAGCAGAACCAUCAUUUUAGCUCUGAAAGAGCAGAAAUAAGUCUUUAUAUUUUGUAUAGUGCCUGGUACUCUGUGGGUGCUUAAUAAAUGGAAAGGAGUUUUCAUUUGAAUCGUAUAUGAAUUUUUUAAAUAAAAUGUUUUAUUCCUUUAAA